UCUCAGAGACAGAGGGACCUUGUUAUUAACAACCAGUGAUAGGUGUCUGUCGAGGUUACAAAUCGGUCACCCACAAGUGAACUGAAAACAUUUAGAGACAUGUAGCCAUAUUACAACGUCUUCAAGACACGUCGCAUAUUGUCUUAAAGACUGAAACAAGGUGUUGAGUCUUGAGUCUUCAUUAAGAUGUCUUAGGACCUAAACUAUUAAACCUUAAGUCUGCGUUGACUUUUAAAUGAGGAACAUGACGCGAAAAACCCAGAGGAGUUUUGUGUUGACUCCCACCAGCCUCAGUCACUUCGACUCUGGGAAAAACGGCCGUUUCUUGACCUUUAUCUCCAGGGCUUUGGAUAAGGUGCUCUCAAGGAGCAGGUGUCACAGGUGUGACGAAAGUGACUGCAUCUGUUGGAGAUACAGCAGAAGAGAUGGUGUCGCUGACAAGCAUAUGGCAAGUGUGGGAGAGCCAAACGUCACACUCCUUAGAGCAGGUCCUAGAGCAGGUGACCGCAGUCAGCCACCACAGUACGCAGGAACAGAUCACCACCACCACCACCACCACCCAAACGACAUCCCAAUCCUCUCCGGCGGGAGAAGAAAGAAGUACCCCGAUUCCUCUGGCAUCGCUCAACCUCUCAACAACAAAUCCUGGUCCAUCUACUCCCUCAUCGACGUUAACGAGCACCUCCUCUCCUCCUCCUCCUCCCCCGACGGAGAGCCCUCCCCCGCUCCCCCUCACCCACCAGAAGCAGCAGUACCUGUUGUCGGACUACCCGAAACUGCUUUCGCGUACGACCACAGCAGGGAAGAAGAGGAGGAAUCCCAGCGGGACUUCUUCUUCUGCAGCAGCAGUAGUCUUGGGCGGGAGGACGACCUCACCCACGACCUCCGUGGUGGAAUACGACGCCCCUGUGGUGAGGACAGCCUCCUCUCCGACAGCCUCUUCUGCAGCAGCCACCAGGGUACGACCAUGCUAAUGACACAGGACCUAGACCUAGCCAGCAGAAGCAGCAGUAGCAGUGGAGCUGGCGAAGAGGGCAUGAUGAUGAUGCACGUGGCCAAUGCCUCCCCACAGGCUGCUUCUACAGCUACCCCCACAGCUAACACACCUACCACGCCUGCGCAGAACUACCACCCUCACUUUCUUCACCAUCACCACCAGUAUCUCCACCAACAACACAAUAACCUUAACGACUGCUCCUCCUCACCCUCGGCCCACCGCUUCAACACCUCCUCCUCCUCCACUAACUCCUCGUUAGCCUCCUCCACCCACAAUAACAACAACAACAACACUAACACUACCUCCUCCUCAUCCUCUUCCUCAAUGACCACCGCCUCACCCUCAGCUGGUGUGUUGUCUCCGUCCUUCCAGUUCGACUAUGAUGAUGGUGGCGGGUCAGAGGUUGACGAUAACUACCAGAGUGGCAGCAUUGAUGGAUCAGAAUGUGAACCUUGUGUCAUACAGUUGGAGGAGAGGUUGAUGAAGACCAACCCCAUAUGGUUCCUCCCUGACCUGCAGAGGUCAGGAGCUGUCCAUCUCCUCCAGGGCAAAGAUGAAGGGAACUUCAUUGUACGCCAGAGCAGCAAGCCAGACACACUGGCCCUUAGCGUACGGCUUCCCCAGGACAAAGGGCCGUACAUCCAGCACUAUCUCAUCGAGAUCCACAGCAACGGCUCGUCGUACUCUCUGGAGGCUUCGGAGAAUCGCUUCGACAGCCCCCCUGCCCUCAUCUCCUACUACUCGCAGUGCUGUGAUGAAUUGCCAGUUCAACUCAGACUACCAAGAGCUAUACAGGAGGCGAAGUCACGACAUGAAUUAGCAUCCCUGGCCUUGUUGGGCCAAGAGUUUUGGGGAACUCCCAUGGCCAGCCCAACAGCCAGCACCCCAACUGCUGAUGGUCCUCCGAGCGGGGCUCCGACCCCAUCCCCUCGCCCAAAUGACCUCUCCUUCAGCAGUUUCGGCAAAGGCGGAGUCACCCGGGGCAUUUCGUCUACGAGUUUGUUAUCCCCGGUCACUCCUGUGGGAUUAGGAGCCUGUGGAGCAUCCAUGAGCAGUUCAAUUGGUGGUUCCACAUCGUCGUUGGCUCCCACUCGGCCGGCUCCACCCGUUCCCUCUCCGGGCGACAGGUCUUCCCUCAUUCUUAAUCUGGCUCCGCUGGAAGAGUUCCUGAAGGAGCAGCCACUCUCCUUCUCUUCCUUCCGCUCACAACCGUCUACGCCCGUUACUCCCCUGAAACCUGGCACUCCUGGGACAAAACCGGCUCCCCCACCUCGCUCUAGUCCCCCGGGUACUCACAGAACCUGCCACGUAAGUCCUCCUGGGUCUCAGAGGUGUAUGAACAGACUUACUCCUCCUGCUAGACUCAGUCCACCCGUCAUGUGUGACGUGGCCACUCCGACGAGUGAGAGCGGAGGGGAGCUGACUCCCCGUUCAACCCAAGCCCCACUUCCUCCUCCGCGUUGGGCAAGGCCGUGUCUGACUUCUUCCUCAACUUCAAACAUCACGGUAACCACUACUCUCACCCUUAACGUGAACCAGGUCAAGGCACUGCCUCUGCACAUAGAUGACCCUCAGGGCGUCAGUGUGCACGUGGCCAGCUUAGAAAUCUCUCCUGCCAGCUCGAAUGGUUCUCAGCCCUUUGUCACAAGCACGACCACGACUCCCAAUGGAAACCAGGCGGGAACGUUAAACGGUUGUCGAGAAGCCUUGCAUCUGCAGAUCAGACAGCAAAUUACUUCGCCCCAGAGUACGCCCUGCACACCCUGUGCCCCAGGCACUCCCCUAGGUGAAGAGUUGGGCAUGGGGAGGGGUAGAUUACGUAAUGGUAAAAGAGAACGACGUCGGCUGUCAAAUCAUUACCACGAAGCAAAUAUAAUCGAGAAUAACACACCUUACUGUAGGUCUUCUCUCGCGGAUAAAAUCAGCGAUUACGAAGACCUGUGGUCAAGCCCCCCUCGGGAACUGAUACCCACUCCGACGUCAGCACACCCAAAAAUGUCCACAUUCAAGCCCAGGAGUGAAAUAUCAAAAUCCAUGGGGGAUUUGAGCGAAAUAGCAGGGAAGUCAGUCAGUUUCACAUACGAUGUGGAAAGGAAAAAAGACGAGCAGUUAUACGAUAAUGAAAAAGUUAAUGGAAACAGCACGGAUUCGAUAAACUCGUACCAUAAGACAUCGAGUCCUUUCUACAUGGAGCCUGCAGAUGCAUUGAAAGACCAGCAACCACCCCAGGCAAGAAUAAAUAAGGCAUCAAACAAGUUGUCGAGGAAGAUAACAAAUCGCUACUCUGAUUCCAACAUUCAGUGGAAAGCCAGGAAAAGUCGUCACUCAUUAGGCAAGAUAGAUUCAAACGAAGAUCUGCAGUUGUCGUCGAGCGUGGAAAAUUUGACAAAUGGCAAGGCUCACAAUUGCUUCAAUAAGAAUUUUGAAGUUGAGAGAAAUAGGAACUUAGAAAACGAAAAAAAUGAAAUUAAUGCUAGUCAUCUGAUCGGUAAUCAGCUGAGAGAAGAAGUUCGACGGCACUCAAGAUUAGAAUGUCGAGGAAAGCCCAUAGCCCCUCCUAAAAUUAACAACGAAAAUGCUAUUACUAAUGGAGAAAGGUCGACGGAACUCCCAUGGAGAGUGGAUUCCUCUUGGAAGUAUCUCGGCGUUGGUUCUGACGAUGAAGACGGAACAGGUAUUGAGGGAAGAUUUCCAGUUGGGGACGGCGGUGGUGAAUCGGACAGCGUGAUCAUUCCUGGGGAUCGCACCGUACAGGACCUGAUAUCGGAGAAGCUCCCCGACCUGACGCUGAUGGAUGACCAGUCCAUAGCACCCAGCUGCACGACACGGAUCAGCGAGUAUGACAACGUCGCCAGGCAGAACCAGAGUCGAGAGGACGAUUUUCUCCUGAACCAGAGAUUCCAAAUGCAGCAGCAGUCACAGCAGCAGCAACAGAGAUCCUCCCGCAGCAACAUUCCCCUCGAAGAGCGUCUCCACCCACCUCUCCCAACACACUACUUCCAGUCGACGGUCAGCGAGUCAGGUACGGAGUUCUCCGAGCCGUGGGACUCCAGGAAGUGGGAGUCCAUGAUGCACUUUGACGACGAUGCCUCUUCCGUAGACCAGUAUGCACGCAGUUCCCUGUACACCCCAGCGCUAAACUUACCUCUCCUUGAGGACUCUGACAUAGGUGGUGCAGGAAUAACAGACACAGAUUCAAUAGGACCUGUCGUUCUCGAGUCGGCUCUGGUGAGCGAUGAUGACACGACCUCGGUGUCGGGAGCUCCGACAAUCUCGCUUACUAACACUAAAAAUAUGGACACUCACCUGCGGUCGAGAAUUAUGUCACCUCAACUCUUGGCACUAAGACAUCGCCAAGAUGCAGAGAAUGGAGUAGCCAUCAAGAAAUAUGCCAUGGAUUUGGGCAGAGACACAUCAACAACUUUCUGCAGGGCAGUAAGCAAUUUCAUCACGUGCACAUUGGAGAGCACGGAGCGAGAUCCAGCCGUCGUGACUCGAAAUGUCCGCCAAUUCAUGUCAGGCAUGAAGAAUUAUUUGGUAACAAGUGGGGAGAAGGAGUUCGAAGGGAUUGUUAAGAAGCAAAGGAGCAAUUUGAGAGCUACAGAAUUCCUGAACCUCGACGCCAUACUGGAGGAUGUUUUGGUAAGACUGGUUCUCCGGCCCCUGUGGGACCACAUCAACAAGCUGUUCGUCGAAGCUUAUACGGCUAACGGUUCUAUCCAGCUUCUUGCUACGAACAUGAAGUACGCUAGAUCCCAGCCUUCUGUUCGUCUCGGAGUGAGACCUAAACUAGCACCACCCAGUGGAAAUGCUCUCGACACCAUUCGGAACUUGCUGACGCGCAUGCAGAGGGUUUACGCCCCCAGGGAGAAACUGGAGUAUCUCCUCGCUACCAUUUCUCACAUAUAUCAGGCAAUGUACGAGAAUGGAGACACCCCAGGCUCGGGCGAUGCAGACGACCUAGUCCCUGUAAUAAUGUGGGUCCUAAGUCAUGCAGGACUGGUGUCAGCAGAAGUAGAGGCUGACUACAUGUGGGGUCUGCUGCUCCCAAGCGCGUCUUCAGGCGAAGCGUCCUAUUAUCUCGAGGCUUUCCACUCGGCUAUUCAUGCUCUGAAGAAUCUCUCGCCUUCACCCGAGAGUUCUCCAGGAAAUAGCCUGGAUUCGGUCAAGCAGGACGUAUCUGUUGUAUCGGAUCACGGUGUUGUGAAAAUAGUCAUCCCGGACGAGAAAAAUGGAAGCAUAGUGACUCGCACUCUGCCAAUCAGACCUGGCACGACGACCCGAGAGGUCUGCAAGAUGAUGGCUCACAAACUCCGAGUCACCAACCCUCAGGAUUACGCACUCUACAAACUUGUAGAUGGCCUUGAGAGUCUACUCACAGACAAUGAGUGUCCACACAAGGUGAAGUCGGAUCUGACGAACCACGGUUUCCACUGCACUUUUGCCUUCAAGCGCAUCGAUGCAAAGAUAGCCUGGCCGAUUCUGUCAUAAUUUCACAAAAGCAGAGACAUUAUUGGUGACCAGUGCUCAAAUACUUUAUUCACUUGGUUACACCAAUAGGCAUCUGCAAUAAACUUCAAUCUCACUUCACUGAAGUUUUGAAAUAAUGCAAAAAACUUUGAUAGGGAACGAGGUGAUCAAAAUUACUCCCAAAAUUUGCAUUACGUUAUUUUCUCCUCGAAUUUUAACGGAAUGCCAUAUUUGUCUGUCACUGUAUAUACACAUUUAUAUCAUUUUACAUAGUUAAUCCUUGGGCAUUUUUCUAUUUCAUGUUAGCAAAUGAUUUUCCUUAUUUUAUUUGCCAGAAUAAAGUAAGAGAAAUUCACGGUUUUAGGGACAAAAUCUUUUCUAUAAAAUUACCCGGUGUCGAAGACCAAAACUAAAAGGAAAUCUGAAGAAAGGUGCAUUUAUAUACUCAAUGUACUAUACACAUCAUUGUUUUUAUCUUGUAAAUAUGUUAAUAUAUUUCCAAUGUGUAUAAUUUGAAGAAUCUCAGUUUAUUGUUAGGGUACAGUAUUUGUAAUGGAAGUUAGGUUCGCACACAACUUGAAUACUGAAAUUGCAAUUCUCAUUUGCAGUGAUUUCUCGAAUUCGUGUGAUGAUUUAUGCAACUUGGAAAAAGGUAAUGGGGAAACGAUAUUGCGAUGGCGACGUACAAUUUUGUAAUCGUUUCAAUAUUAAUUCUGCAAAAUAUGACAAUACACAUUUGCUCAAUACGUUCUACUUUGCACGCGAAGUCUGUCUCUUCAGCAAUUACGAAACCAUAUGCGGUCAGAAUCUUACCAUACACAAGUUCUAAUUGUGUAAUCGUGUACUUUGAAAACCUCUUGGAACAUAUCUUAAGUCUCUCGAUUUUACGUUGCUUAACAAGUUAGGGGGACGCCAUACUCGUCUGUUACAAGAUGCACUGUCAAAAGUUGUCAAAAUAUACAGUGCCAUUUAUAAUAAUGCUCUUUUCCUUCUCCUUCAAGAAAGGAACUUAUUAUUAUUACACCUAGCGUUAACGUUAAUACAGAAUAGAUUAAAAUAAAAAUAAUAGAGGGUCAAUAUGUUUUAUUUUCUACACAGUAGUGGAUGAUUUUCUACUUUUAUAUAAUGAAGCCUAACCAUAUCACCUUUUACUUGUAGAGUAGAGACGGAUCCCGCUCUUCUUAACCUAUGUGUCGUAUUCCGCAAGGGCGAUCAGUAUGUACAUAAUGUAGUAGUUUUUACUUUUUUUUUUUUUUUCUUUUUUUUUUUGCAAAUAAUGCUGAAUGGCUGUGUUACAGUUGAUGUACAGAGUCAUUACGAUGAAUUUGCUGGAGAGCUCCUGUGUAAAGAAAGUCGUUCACAAUAAGUAUGUGACAAAUGUAGUUUACGAUAAAUACAUGAAACUGGGAUUUAGUAUGUCGUAAGAAAAUCCUUUACAAUAAAUCCAGAAAAAUAAUUAACUAAAUACCCAAAAAAGUUAUUUACAAUUAAUACAUAACAAAAGUUAAUGAUGGAGAGAGAUAAACUUAAAUCUACGAGCCAUUAAUAACUUUGUUGGAUUUCAAGCAGGUAAACUUUCGUAGUGCUAUAAAUUUUAGUCAGCGAGGAUUCUUACAGCAAGUUCAUCAGCCAAGAACUCUGUCUAUGUAAAACGUCUAGUCAUCGCUUUAUAAUUGUAGGUGCAUUACAGCUUUUUUUUUUUAUACACUAAUAUUAUAUUUCCAGAGUUAUGUAAUUACAGAUAUACUGGCAAAAAUUUGUCUGAAAAUAUAAAACACUUGUCGAAAUAAAAAUGGUCACAGA